AUGGAGGUGAAACUGGGCACCAUCAUUAGCCGCUUCGCCUUCAUCCUUCCUAGUCUCUACGAUGAUGGCCGUGAUGACUACGGCGCUGUCGUGUCUUCUUCAAGCGAUGAGGAGGACACCGAAGACGGCCGUCGCGGUGCCUGCAGUAGUGCGACAUACCGUGAUGAAACGGAAAGGACUGCAGCGGUGACACCGACCGGCUCGAGAGUGAACCUCACAUCCUCCGGCACGCCGGCGCCACCGGCAGAGAGGUUGGGCCUCACAGGCGCAUACGCGUUCGUGGGUUACGGCAGUGCUUUAUCGUCUGCGUCGUUGACCACGUCAUCGUCAUCGUUGUGUGGGCUUGAUCGUGGUGCGUCGGUGCACCUUCCGGAUCUUGUUCUGCUGGCGGCGCGUGCUUGGAACGUGGAGCUUCACCGCGGCUCGACGGGUGCUGCGAGUCACUGCGUGCUGCGGCUACCUCCGUGUGUCGUCGGCACUACGCUCUACCGCGGCCCGGUGGUGUGCGUGCUGGCAUCCGGGGUAGUGCGCAUGACGACACACGGGAGUGUGGCGGCAACGGAGGUGCUCGCGCGUCGCGUCCGCGGCGUACUGCAAGAGGCCUGCAAGCCGUUAGCGGUCCGCAGGGCAGCGCGGGAGGAAUCACAGUUGCUGCGGGCAGUCCUGGACGACUCCCUACUGAGUAUAGUGGAGGACGAAGACGAAGACGAGGUCUGUGAGCGACGUCCCUACUCUGCUGUACUAAGGGCUGAGAUGGGGCUACCUAGCAACGGCAUGCCGCGGACAACCACGCUGGCUGGGGAUGCGAGGACGAACGAUCAACGCAGCCGCAAAUCUGUCUGUGGGUCUUCGUCGACUGCUGCUAGAACAAGGGCCCUGGCAGCUGACAAGGCGGGCCAUGAUCGGUCAACGCUCGCCUUGACUCCAUCUAUGCCCUGCACGGAGUCGUGCACGAUUGACUUUGUGCAAGCGGUGGCGACCCCGCGCUGGGACGAGAUCGCUGGCUUGCGCGCCGCUCUCUUCACGCCAGCCUCCGGAUCCCUUGGCAGUGAGGACGGCGGCGGCGUCGAUGUGGCCAAAGGGGAUCGGGACGCUGGCGCAGUACCUCGUGUGCCGGUGCGACGCGCGAGUGUAAACGUUCGUGGUGAUGCGCCGAUGGAGUGGUGGCGGUGGUACCUCGACGUGCAGGCCGAUGACCGCGGCGUCGGUGCAGGCGACCUCAAUCGCAUUGCCCCCAGUGGGGGAGGCACCGUGUCCGCUGCUGCUGCCAAUUCAGGGAAACCCUUGUUUGGGGGCCUCGGUGGGGCGCCAUUGCGGGCCGUUUGUCUGCAGCGGUCCGAACUUAACGACGAUAUCGUCAAUGAAGGCGUCCCAGCGGAGAGCCGUCCCCACGAGAUGACAGGCUUCUGGACCUGCGCUGGGUAUGCGGACGCAUCUCCGGCUGCUGCCUCGAAGUUCGUGCACUUCCUGCAGCGCCGACGCGCGUUGCUGGCACACCACGUCGUUUCCUUCAAGCUGCGCCGUCAGGCCACCCAGAACAGUCUUCAAAUCCUACUGAACUGGCGAACGACCACCUCACCGUCAUCAUCGCUGCCCCUCUCUGCAACGCCGCCGCUGACGGUGCCGCUAACAGGACACCCGCUGCUCGCUCGAGGGUUGGUGGGGAGGUCGACGGCAGCGACGCAACCGCCGCCUGACUUAGGCCCUCCGCCUGGCCCUGCUGCGGAAAGCACAGAAUGCAAAAGUGGCAACGCCUGGGUGACCGAGGCGAGCGCGGCAAACUUCUUCAUCGAGUCGACCUUCAUUGCCGAGUCAACGGCGCCGUAUGGAUUGGAGAGCGUGCGGAGGUCGACGGAUCAGAACUCGCCUGCCGAGCCCGCGCUACCAGCGAGCAGGGCGUCGGGCGAUGGAAAGGCAGAGAACGAGGCGUGCCGUACUGUUUUGACCUCGGGUGGCGGUCGUGACAGCAUGUCGCUGUUCCCCGAGCAUGAUAUGGGCCACUCCGUGGUGCGCUACGACGACAGGUCCGUCACCAAGGCUGUGCCCGAAAAGCGCGGGCGCGGAGCUGCGGCGUUCAGAACAUCGGGGACGAAGAGAGAGGCGGCGACAGUGGCGGUGGAGCAUGUCACGUGCGUCAUUCACCGCACCGGCCGCGUGCAGAUGACCGCCGCCUCGGAGCUGGCGCUGCGGCAGAUGUGUGCCACGCUGCUCAUUCCCUUCUUGGUGGCUACGGCGGAGGUGGAGCUCUGA